UUGCAGCGUGACGACCCCGUACAACGCGGACUUUGACGGCGACGAGAUGAACCUGCACCUGCCGCAGUCGCUGGAGACGCGGGCGGAGAUCCAGGAGCUCGCCAUGGUGCCGCGCAUGAUCGUGACCCCGCAGGCCAACCGGCCCGUCAUGGGCAUCGUGCAGGACACGCUCACCGCCGUGCGCAAGUUCACCAAGAGGGACGUCUUCCUGCAGCGGGGCGAGGUGAUGAACCUGCUCAUGUUCCUGUCCACGUGGGACGGGAAGGUGCCCCAACCCGCCGUGCUCAAGCCCCGCGCCCUAUGGACCGGGAAACAAAUCUUCUCGCUCAUCAUCCCCGGGCACAUCAACUGCAUCCGGACCCACAGCACCCACCCCGACGACGAGGACAGUGGGCCCUACAAGCACAUCUCACCCGGGGACACCAAGGUGAUCGUGGAGAACGGGGAGCUCAUCAUGGGCAUCCUGUGCAAGAAGUCCCUGGGGACGUCGGCCGGGUCCCUGGUGCACAUCUCCUACCUGGAGAUGGGCCACGACACCACGCGCCUCUUCUACAGCAACAUCCAGACCGUCAUCAACAACUGGCUCCUCAUCGAGGGGCACACCAUCGGCAUUGGGGACUCCAUCGCCGACGCCAAAACCUACCAGGACAUCCAGAACACCAUCAAGAAGGCCAAGCAGGACGUCAUUGAG